UGCUGCCCUGCAAUGAAGCUCUGAGUCAUGGUCUUUGGGUCUAAGGAGUUGGCAACAAUGUGGAACCCCAGGACAGCCAACCUGACUAACCUUCACUCUGAGCAGAAUCCCAAAAGGAAUCUGGCCUGAAAUCAGAGCAAGCAUAGAGAAAGACUUGCUUGUUAAUGGAAACAGGAAAGGAGAAAAGGGUUUGCAACAAAUUGCAACAGACUUUCCACCAUUCUAAAGAACCCACCUUCCUUAUCAACCAAGCCAUUCUAUGUAGUGACUCCCAUUCUAGCCUUUUGCCAGAAACAGAGCAUGUCAGUCUUGCUAGAAAAAUAAAGACAGGACCUCAGAAAAUGAGACCUGGAACAGUGAUACUCUCAAAACGGUCUAGUUGGAGAAUUAUGUCAGAAGGUCCCCAGCCCCCAGUGAUCCCCUCCCGCAGGCCUGGAUUCCGGGUGUGCUAUAUCUGUGGCCGAGAAUUUGGGUCACAAUCAAUUGCCAUUCAUGAACCUCAGUGUUUGGAGAAGUGGCGGAUUGAAAAUAGCAAAUUGCCUAAGCACCUGAGAAGGCCAGAACCCUCCAAACCACAGCCUCUUGGGGGCACUGGGUCCUAUAAUCUUCAGGCAGUGAAUGAGGCAGCAUACCAAAGUUUCCAAGCUCAGCUGCUGCCCUGCGAAUCCUGUGGCCGCACAUUCUUGCCAGAUAGCCUUCUUGUUCACCAGAGAAGCUGCAAGCUAAAGGGUGAUAGACCCAGAGCACCAAACCCCACCAGUUCUGAUGAUCCUGCUGGUCCCAAGAAAGCUUCUAGUGGCAUCCCAGCUCGACCAAAGACUCUCAUCUGCUACAUUUGUGGUAGGGAAUUUGGCACUCUGUCCCUUCCCAUUCAUGAGCCCAAAUGCCUGGAAAAGUGGAAAAUAGAAAAUGACCGGCUCCCCAGGGAGCAUCGCCGACCACUCCCACAGAAGCGCCAGCCACUUUCAACUGGACUGUCCAACCAAGAAGGGUCAACUCAAGCACAGCUGGUGCCCUGUCCAAAUUGCUGCCGGACCUUUGCCCCAGACUGCCUUCCAGUACACCAGAGAAGCUGUAAAGCUCAACCUAGUGGGCAAAAAAUUCAGAAUUUGACUUUAGGGAGUAAAGGUGGCCUAAAAGAGUCCACUAAUUCCAAGCAACCAAGGAACAUGGCAGCACCCACUGUGACUGAUAAGGUAAUUCAUGCCACAUGAGAUGCAUUGGGUGGACCUGGGGGUACAUUCUACCUCCAAGGGAUUGAGAGAAAACUAUCCCGAGACUCAGCUACCUCCACCCCUAAGAUGGUUUCUUUCAAUGCCAAAUGGAUCCAGCUGAAAGCAGAUGAAAGCUUGGCCAAGGAUAUUGGUAGCAAAGACAGAGAUGAGGAAUAUUGGACAGAAUUUGGUGGUAGUUGGGAUGUGAAGAAAGAGGAACGCUGUCAAUGGUAUGACACCCAUCCAAAGAGCUGCACAGUCCCUCAGCCUCUGGCAGGACAGGCCCUGUUUUUGACAGCCAGCGAUCAGGAGUGGGGGAAGCAAAACAUCCUCCAGCAAUUUCCUGGAAUCCAUGGCCCUGGCAAGGCCCCAGGUAGUCAGCCCCAUGCUGCAGGGCAAAGCUUCACUGGCGCUGCCUUGCUGGGCUGGGGCUGUGCCGAGUCACUCACGGUAGUGCCUUAG